GCCGCGCGCCGGCGUGCUGCUAUUCGGCUCCUCGACACUAGGUGGCAGCGCCUGGCGGACGCACAGCACCGGGAAACUGGCGAGACUCGCAGGACAAUAAUACAGUGCGGAAAAAAAAAAGAAAGAAGGGGGAAAGGAGCGGAGGGGGAGAUAUCGUGUGGACGAGCGCGUCGGAGCGAAGACGGCGUGGGGAUGGCUGCUCCCAGUGAACGGAGGGCUUUUGCCCACAAGAUCAAUAGGACUGUGGCUGCUGAAGUGAGGAAGCAGGUUACCCGAGAGUACGGCUCCCCUCAGCUCUCCAAGAAACGCCCGGGGCUGCACCAACCUGUGCCCCUGUCGGACGUGGUGGAGCCGGUGGACUUCGAGGAAUUCCUCAGCAGCCACGCCUUGGGGGCGGAGCCCGGCCCCCUUAGGCAGCUUAUGGAGUUUCCCCCCGAUGACCUGGAGCUCCGCCUGCAGGAGAGGGAGUGCAUGACACUGGAGCCGGCGCUGCCCGAGGAGGACACCCUGGACCCCCGCGUUAGAGAUGCCCUGGGUGUCUACACUGACGACUGGCUCAUUAUUCAGAGAAAGUACCAGCACCUGAGCACAGCCCACUGGGCCCAAACCCCCGAGCGGCUCAGGGAGAGGCAGCGGGGGCUUGUCAAACAGACCUUUGAGCUGGAUGUGGCCAGUGCUGAUCGCCAUGACGACCAGGAUGACAUAAAGCGCCGCUCUGUGUCGCUGGACGACACCCCCCGUGGCAGCUGGGCCUCCAGCAUCUUUGACCUGAAGAACUCCUCGCCGGAUUCGCUGCUGCCCUCGGUGUUGGAGCGCACUGCGGCUGAGGACAUGGACCGGCGCAAUACGGAGGCCCGCCAGCAGGGGCGCCACCCCGACCUGAUGGGGCUCUUCACGGCGCCCGACGAGGACGAAGCCGUGGAGCGGAACUCGAUCCCGGAGGUUCCCAAGGAGCAAACGGGCCAGAGGAUCUUGGUGAAGUGCCUGUCACUGAAGUUUGAAAUCGAAAUUGAGCCGAUCUUCGGAACCCUGGCUCUGUACGACGCCAAAGAGAAGAAAAAGAUUUCAGAAAAUUUCCACUUUGAUCUGAACUCGGAUCAGAUGAAAGGCCUCCUCCGCUCACACACCCCGCACAUGGCCAUCUCCACCCUGGCCCGGUCCGCCAUCUUCUCUAUAACCUUCCCAUCUCCGGACAUCUUCUUGGUCAUCAAGCUGGAAAAGGUGCUACAGCAAGGGGACAUCGGAGAGUGUUGUGAGCCAUACAUGGUCAUGAAGGAGUCGGACUCUUCCAAGCACAAGGAGAAGCUGGAGAAGCUGCGCGCGCAGGCCGAACAGUCGUGUUCUCGCCUCGGAAAGUUCCGGAUGCCCUUUGCCUGGACCGCCAUCCACCUGCUCAACAUUGUCAGCAGCGUGGGCGGACUGGACCGAGCAGACUCGGACUCUGACUCCGAGAGGAAGGGCACGUGGAAUGAGAGAAAGAAGAAGGGCUUGGAGCGCAUGAGCGUCGGUGAGGAGAUGUGCAACUUCACCUCCUUCCGUCCUGCGACGCUCACCGUCACCAACUUCUUCAAGCAGGAAGGGGACCGGCUUAGUGAUGAAGACCUCUACAAGUUCCUGACUGACAUGCGCAGACCGUCUUCUGUCCUACGCAGGCUGAGGCCAGUCACAGCACAGCUGAAGAUAGACAUCUCCCCAGCCCCAGAGGUCCCUCACUACUGCCUCUCUCCAGAGCUGCUCCACGUCAAACCUUACCCAGACCUGCGGGUGCGGCCCACCAAGGAUGUGCUGGAGUUCCCCACGCGCUACGUCUACACCCCCUACAGCACCUACAGGAACCUCCUGUAUAUUUACCCGCAGAGCCUCAACUUCAACAGCCGCCAGGGUUCGGUGAGGAACAUUACAGUUAAGGUGCAGUUCAUGGCAGGAGAGGAUCCCAGCCAAGCCAUGCCUGUUAUCUUUGGCAAGUCCAGCUGUGCCGAGUUCUUCAAGGAGGCCUACACAUCUGUCAUCUACCACAACAAGUCACCGGAGUUUUAUGAGGAGUUCAAAAUGAAGAUUCCCGCCAACCUGACAGACAACCACCACCUGCUGUUCACAUUCUACCACAUCAGUUGUCAGGCCAAACAGAACACGCCGCUGGAGACGCCGGUGGGCUACACGUGGAUCCCCCUGAUGCAGCACGGCAGAUUGCGCACUGGCUCCUUCAGCCUCCCUGUCUCCGUGGAGAAGCCGCCACCCAGUUACUCAGUCCUCACCCCCGACGUGCAGCUCCCAGGCAUGAAGUGGGUUGACAAUCACAAAGGGGUGUUCAACGUGGAGGUCACAGCAGCAUCGUCCAUCCACACACAGGAUCCAUAUCUCGACAAGUUCUUCACGCUGGUCUACGUGCUGGAGGAGUACUCGUUCCCCUUCCGCCUGAAGGACGUCAUCAUCACGGAGGCCAACAUGGAGGCGGAGCUGAAGGCCAGCAUGUCCCAUCUGCGGGGGGCGCUGCUGGACACCUGCGUCCGCUUCCUGCACCAGCUGCUCAACAAGCUCAUCCUGCUGAUUGUGCACCCGCCCAUCAUCGCCGGCCAGAUCGUGAACUUGGGCCGUGCCGCUUUCGAGGCCAUGGGCCUGCUGGUGAAUCAGAUCCACAAGAACCUGGAGGGGAACCAAGACCAGCACGGCCGCAACAACCUACUGACGUCCUACAUCUACUACUGCUUCCACCUGCCCACCAGUGAUCCUGCCCCACCCCCCAACGGUGGACCCACCUACGAAAUGCCCAUCCAGUACGCCACGCUGUCCCGGGCGACGGGCCGGCCCAGCAGUCUGCAGCUGUCUCGCUCCAAAAGCAUCAGUAACUCCAACCCGGACCUGGCCACCACGCCUGCCUCGCCCGAUGAGGAGGUGCAGAGGAUCAUUGGGAACAAGGGUAUCGAUCGCUCUCACUCCUGGGUGAACUCUGCUUACGCGCCCGGGGGCUCCAGGGCGGUGCUGCGCAGGAACGCCACGUCCAGCUGCGAGCUGAAGCAGGCCUGCGAUCGUGGCUCCAACCGCAUGUCGGCCCUCAUCGAGAGCACCUCCCAUUGUGCUGCCCCCUACUGGCAGGUCACGAGGAAGGUAACACGGGCGACGGCGCAGACACACCCAGAAACGCACACCAUACAGGCACACUCGCGCGUUUGCACGGCAGCCCAGUACGCCUUCGGGUCGGGUUCCAGCAUGGGCUCUGUUGUUUUGCCAUUUGGUCUCACGCCUGCACAGCCCCCCCCCACGGCCACACGGCCGAGCUCACGGGCUCCAGGCUGCCACACACGAGGUGCCAUCGCACCGACACGGAGGGCUUCACGGGCCUCCUCUGUUUCGGAGGAACACAGCGGAAGGUGUCACCACCUCUUUCUCACCUCCCGCGUCGACGUCCCCCGGAAGCAGCGCUUCCCAGACCGCUUCGUGGACGACAUCGCCGCCCUGGUUUGCGCCAUCAGCGCUGACAUUGCCAGUCGAUAUCACAAGGACGUGGAGAUGGUGGAGAGGCUCAACAGCAGCCUGGCCUUCUUCCUCAAUGACCUGCUGUCGCUCAUGGACAGGGGCUUCGUGUUCAACCUCAUCCGCUCCUACUACAAGCAGAUAUCCAACAAGCUGCCCACCACCUCGAACCCGAGCUCCCUGAUGGCGCUGCGCCUGGACUUCAUGCGUAUCGUGUGCAGCCACGAGCACUACGUCACCCUCAACCUGCCCUGCGCCUCGCUCAGCCCCCCCGCCUCCCCGUCGCCCUCCACCUCCUCCACCACCUCCCAGAGCUCGGCCUUCUCCUGCCAGGUGCAGGACCAGAGCGUGGCCGGCAUGUUCGAGCUGUCUGUGCCCUUCCGCCAGCAGCACUUCCUGUCCGGCCUGCUGCUCAGCGAGCUGUCGCUCAUCCUGGACCCGGAAGGAGAGGGGGCAUUUUUCCUGCACAAAAAGGCCAUCAGUGCCCUGCACUCCCUGCUCUGCAGCCACGACGCCGACCCCCGCUUCACCGACCCCCAGGUGCGCUCCCACGUGGCCAAGCUCUACCUGCCCCUGGUGCCCGUUGUCAUGGAGACGCUGCCGCAGCUCUUCGACUUCACCGACACAUGUCUCCCACGCGCGCGUCACGCCGCCACGUUCCCCGCCGACGACUCCGACAUGGACGGCACCAGCACCAUCAGCCAGUCUGUCGCCAUGGCGAUCGCAGGCUCACCCCUGCCGUUCUCCAAAGCGAACCCUUUCUCCCUCCCUGUGGCAGGGCGGCCCGGCGGGUCCCUCUCGGCCGAAUGCAGCCGCACGCUGCUGGCCUGCCUCCUCUGGGUGCUGAAGAACGGCGACACAGCACUGCUGGAACACUGGCUCUCCGACCUGUCCGUGCUGCAGACCAACCGGCUGCUGGACCUGCUGCACCUCUGCGUCGCCUGCUUCGAGUACAGGGGGAAGAAGGCCCUAGAGAGGAUUAACAGCCUGACGUUUAAGAAGUCCCAGGACAUGAAGGCUCGGCUGGAGGAGGCCAUACUGGGCACGAUCGGAGCGAGGCAGGAGAUGGUGCGGCGGUGCCGAGAAAGGAGUCCCUUUGGGAGUCAGGAGAACGUCAGGUGGAGGAAGAACGUCACACACUGGAGACAGCCUGCCGACCGCGUGGACAAGACCAAGGCUGAGAUGGAACAGGAGUCUGUGGUGGAUGGAAACCUGUCAACGGAGGCGUCCCUGAUAGUGCUGGACACGCUGGAGAUCAUCGUGAAGACUGUGAUGAUGUCGGAGCUGAAGGAGAGCGUGUUGGGUGGGGUACUGAGGGUGCUGCUGCACAGCAUGGCUGGCAACCAGAGUGCCCUCUUUCUGCAGCACUGCUUCACUACACAGAGAGCGCUGGUCUUCAAGUUUCCCGAGAUGCUCUUUGAAGACGACACAGAGCUGUGCGCUGACCUCUGCCUGCGUCUCCUCCGUCACUGCAGCAGCAGCGUGGGCUCCGUCCGCAGCCAGGCCAGCGCCUCCCUCUACCUGCUCAUGCGUCAGAACUUCGAGAUUGGCAACAAUUUUGCUCGGGUGAAGAUGCAGGUCACCAUGUCCCUGUCCUCCCUGGUCGGGACAUCCCAGAACUUCAAUGAAGAACACUUACGGCGUUCCCUGAAGACCAUCCUCACAUAUGCGGAGGAGGACCUGGAGCUGAGGGAAACGCCCUUCCCUGACCAGGUGCAGGACCUGGUCUUCAAUUUGCACAUGAUACUGACCGACACUGUGAAGAUGAAGGAGCACCAGCAGGACCCGGAGAUGCUCAUUGACCUCAUGUACAGAAUCGCUAAGGGCUAUCAGAACUCCCCCGACCUGCGGCUCACCUGGCUACAGAACAUGGCGGCCAAGCACUCGGAGCGGGGGAACCACGCGGAGGCGGCCCAUUGCCUGGUGCACAGCGCCGCCCUGGUGGCGGAGUACCUCAACAUGCUGGAGGACACCCGCUACCUGCCCAUCGGCUGCGUCUCCUUCCAGAGCAUCUCUUCCAACGUUCUGGAGGAAUCGGCCAUCUCAGAUGACAUCCUUUCUCCUGAAGAGGAGGGCAUCUGUGCGGGGAAAUUCUUCACUGAGUCUGGCCUGGUGGGACUCCUGGAGCAAUCAGCGGCCUCUUUUAACAUGGCGGCCAUGUACGAAGCCAUAAAUGAAGUGUAUAAAAUCCUGCUGCCCAUCCUUGAGGCCAACAGGGACUUCAAGAAACUGGCCGUUAUCCACGGAAAGCUUCAGGAUGCCUUCAACAAGGUGUACAACCAGAGCUCCGGAUGGGAGAGGAUGUUUGGGACCUAUUUCCGCGUGGGCUUCUAUGGCUGCCGCUUCGGGGACCUGGACGAGCAGGAGUUUGUGUACAAGGAGCCGUCCAUCACCAAGCUGGCCGAGAUCUCCCACCGGCUGGAGGAGUUCUACUCAGAGAAAUUUGGGGAUGAGAUCGUGGCCAUCAUCAAAGACUCGAAUCCCGUGGACAAGAGCAAACUGGACCCCAAUAAGGCGUACCUGCAGAUCACCUACGUGGAGCCGUUCUUCGACACCUACGAGCUGAAGGAGCGCAUCACCUUCUUCGACAAAAACUACAACCUGCGCACGUUCAUGUACUGCACGCCCUUCACGCUGGACGGCCGCGCGCACGGCGACCUGCAUGAGCAGUACAAGCGCAAGACCAUCCUCACCACCUCGCACGCCUUCCCCUACAUCAAGACCCGCAUAAACGUGGCUCACAAGGAGGAGAUCAUCCUGGUCCCCAUAGAAGUGGCCAUUGAGGACAUGCAGAAGAAGACACAGGAGCUGGCCUUCGCCACCCACCAGGACCCCGCCGAUGCCAAGAUGCUGCAGAUGGUGCUGCAGGGCUGCGUGGGCACCACUGUCAACCAGGGCCCCCUAGAGGUCGCUCAGGUGUUCCUGUCUGACAUCCCUGAAGACCCCAAGCUCUUCCGUCACCACAACAAACUGCGCCUGUGCUUCAAGGACUUCACCAAGAGGUGUGAAGACGCCCUUCGGAAGAACAAGUCCUUGAUUGGUCCCGACCAGAAGGAAUACCAGAGGGAGCUAGAGAGGAACUACGCCAAACUGAGGGAGGCUCUGUACCCCCUGAUCAACCGGAAGAUCCCCCAGCUGUACAGGAGCCACGCUUCGAACGCCACACAUGCACAGCGAAAUUCCCUGGGUCGCUCCAGCCUUCGCAAAGCAGACUGUUGAACUACGGCAAGGACAGCGGCUGGUCAGAGACCUCCUCUUGGUGUCUAUCCCACUCUGGCCUGGCUUCACUCUCCAUGCCUCCCGCCCCCCCGGGCGUCACAGCCCCACCUCCCCCACUGGCGAUAUCACUCCACCCGACUCCAUGGCUUUGGUUGCCGUCCUCUUCAGCAGUCGGCUAGUUUCCAUUCCAGUCGAUAAACCAUGGUUAUUUCAACAUUUUUUUUAUGGAUAAUCCAGAUCUUGUAAUUAUAAACACUAUAAACGGGAAGAUGAACGAACAUGUAAACGGACAUGAAUCAGAACCCAUUUUUGUACUUAAACCUGUAAACUAGUGUUUUUGCUGUGGACCAAAAUGACUGCCGUCCUCCACCUGGUGUCGGGACUGUUUCCUUUUGUCGUUUCGGACCUUCAGCUGCUCUCGUGACUCCCCACAGUGUUUUCGGUCCACUGUGCUGGGUCCAGGGGUGG